CCUGCGCGGGGGAACCGCAGGCUAGGGGUGGGCGAGGGGCGUCGUGAGUCAGGUGGCCGCGGGAGUUCCCCGGGGCAGGUCCGAGGGAACACGCUGCCCGGGUUGUGUACACGCUCCACUGACACAGCUUCGAGCAGCCGGGCAGCCGCUGAUCACGCGUGGCCCCGAGAGCCCAUUGGCUGGAGACUCACACACCUUUGCCGCUGAUUGGCCGGCUUCAGGCUCCGCCCCCCUCCCCCGCCCGCGGCGCGGGGCAGGCAAAGCAGCUACCUGAAUGGGGAGGGGGCAGACAGCGCGGAGCGCGGUGGCGGCGGGAUCAACGUCGAGUGUCUCGGAGCGCCAGUCUGUGACUAGGCAGCCGGCAGCCCAGCAGCCAGUCAGCUCGCACUCUGUGGCCAGGCAGCCAACCAUGCUCAACUUCGGGGCUUCUCUCCAGCAAGCUUCGGAGGAAAAAAUGCAAAUGAUUUCUGAAAAGCCAAAAGAGACUGUGUAUUCCUGGAACAAAACUGCAGAGAAAAGCGAUUUUGAGGCUGUUGAAGCACUUAUGUCCAUGAGCUGCAACUGGAAGUCUGAUUUUAAGAAAUACCUUGAAAACAGACCUGUCACACCAGCGUCUGAUAUGUCAGAGGAAGAGAAUUUGCUUCCAGGGACGCCUGAUUUUCAUACAAUCCCGGCAUUUUGCUUGACUCCACCUUACAGUCCCUCUGACUUUGAACCCUCUCAAGUGUCCAAUCUGAUGGCACCAGUGCCAUCUACUGGCCACUUCAAGUCAUUCUCAGACGCUGCUACCAAGCCUCCUAUUGCUGCCCCUUUCAAAGAGGAGGAGAAGAACCCACUGGCAGUCCCUGCCCUGCCCAAGGCUCAGGCAACAAGUGUCAUCCGUCAUACAGCUGAUGCCCAGCUGUGCAACCACCGAUCCUGCCCUGUGAAAGUAUCAAGUGUCCUCAACUAUCAGGACAAUUCUUUCCGAAGAAGAACCCAGUUGAAUGUUGAAGCUUCAAGAAAGGAUGUACCCUGUGCAGCCGUGUCACCGAACAGACCCAAGUGUGAACGAAACACAGGGGCCAACAAUGAUGAGAAAGCAGGUGCUGCACUUUAUGACUUUUCUAUGCCUUCUUCAGAGACGGUCAUUUGUAGGUCUCAGCCAGCACCUGCAUCCCCUCUGCAGAAGUCAGUGUUGGUCUCUCCACCUACAGUACCCACUGGGGGAGUGCCACCUAUGCCUGUCAUCUGCCAGAUGGUUCCCCUUCCUGCAAACAACCCUGUUGUGACCACAGUUGUACCCAGCACUCCACCCACCCAGCCACCAGCUGUCUGCCCACCUGUAGUGUUCAUGGGCACUCAGGUGCCCAAAGGCACUGUCAUGUUUGUGGUACCCCAGCCUGUUGUGCAGAGCCCAAAGCCUCCAGUGGUGAGUCCCAAUGGCACCAGACUGUCUCCCAUUGCCCCUGCACCUGGGUUCUCACCCUCAGCAGCAAAAGUCACUCCCCAGAUUGAUUCAUCCAGAGUAAGAAGUCACAUCUGUGGCCACCCAGGAUGCGGCAAGACCUACUUUAAAAGUUCACAUCUGAAGGCGCACAUGAGAACACAUACAGGAGAAAAGCCUUUCAGCUGUAGCUGGAAAGGUUGUGAAAGGAGGUUUGCUCGUUCUGAUGAACUGUCCAGACACCGGCGAACCCACACAGGGGAGAAGAAAUUUGCCUGCCCUAUGUGUGACCGGCGGUUCAUGAGAAGUGACCAUUUGACCAAGCAUGCCCGGCGCCACCUGUCAGCCAAGAAGCUCCCAAACUGGCAAAUGGAAGUGAGCAAGUUAAAUGACAUUGCUCUCCCUCCAACUCCUGCACCCACACAGUGACAGAUCAGGUGAAGAAUCAGAACUAACUUUGGUCAUAGUCAAGAGCCAGUGGUGGUGUCAGAAUGCUUCUGCAAGUCUGUGGCCCUCCAGUUGGGGCCAAAGCAGAUGCCCCUGGUCUGAGGUAAAGGCCCAGCCUGGGUUAGAGGACAAGUGCUUCGGCCACAGGCAGGCCACAGAAGGGCAGGUUUCCUUUCUUAUCUCAUGGAUGAGAAAGCUUUUAUUCUUUUGAAUAGUUGUUGAAGGUUUCAGAUGAGGUCAGCACAGCACAGAUUUCUGGUUUUUGUGCACAUUUGGUACUUGAUGUUUUUGCAGUUUAUACUUGAGACCAACUUUCCAAUGUGAUUCUUCUAAAGCGCACUGGUUUCAAGAAUACAGACUGGAAAUUACGGUACAGAGACAGAUAGAAAAUCCGUUUGGGUUACACAAAGAUUGUCAUCUUUUCCUAGUUACCUUGUUUAUUCCUAGUCUUUCCAGUCAACUUCAUGGAUGUAGUUAUUAAGUAUAUCUUAACUAUCAUUUUUACACUAUUGUUGGUAUUUGAAAUUGAACAGCUGUACAUUGCUAAGUGGGGGAGCAAAGAAUUGAAUCCUCAUUAAUUUAAUUGCUUUGAAGAGCAGCUAAACUCUUUGCAUUUUUGUUUUGAAAGUUUAACAAAUGACUAGGCAUUUUUAUUAUGCUUUGGAUUUUAGUUUGCCUGCAGUGUUUUGUGUAGAUUUGAAAUUGUAUACCCAAUGUGUUUUCUGUAGACUCUUAAGAUACACUGCACUUUGUUUAGGGAAAAAUCUGAAGAUGAAAAUAUAUUGUAAAGAAGGGAUAUCAAGAACUUGUGAUAACUCCUUGGAAAAGAUGGCUUUCGUCAUCAGUAAAAGGACCCUUAUGUUAAUGGAGAUACAGGUGUGCGUUAUUAAAUUAGGAAGCUAGUAACCAUGAUUCACAGAUGGACAAUUGUCCUAUUUAUUUAUAGGAAUUUUUCAGGGAUGUGGAAGUAGGUAGGUAGAGAAAUUAUUAGAGAAUUCACUUUUUCCGACUUGAAAAUUAUAUUUACAACAUGUAAAGUCAUGUUCUUAGCCUUGCGGUGUUGGGAGCACCUGAGAAAGCAUAAGGAGUCCUGAAGUGUCACACUGUGUAGCACCUGAAGUUGUAGGGAGCAAAUCCAGGGCCUGUAGAUGCUCCACAAGCGCUCCACCACUGAGCUCUAUCCCUAGUCUAGAACAGCGAUUUUUGUCAACAGUAUUUGUUAUAUUCUGUUGUACAGUGGAUGAUACACAUGGUGGUAAAAGUAAAUUGUUAGUGAAAACUGUCACUAUACUUUCCCAUUUAAAAGUUUUUCUGUAUCCUGGGUAUAGGUUUCUGCCAAAAACUUGGACCCUUGGAAAAGGUUUUUCUUAAAAAAAAAAAUUGUAGGUUACAAUUUGCACAGUAUUUUUUGUUGUACUUUAUAUCUUGUUUACAAUAAAGAAUUCCCUUUGGUAUA